AUGUGUCCACCCAGCUGGUGGGGGGAUGUGUCCACCCAGCUGGUGGGAGAUGUGUCCACCCAGCUGGUGGGAGAUGUGUCCACCCAGCUGGUGGGGGGAUGUGUCCAUCCAGCUGGUGGGGGGAUGUGUCCACCCAGCUGGUGGGGGGAUGUGUCCACCCAGCUGGUGGGAGAUGUGUCCACCCAGCUGGUGGGAGAUGUGUCCACCCAGCUGGUGGGGGGAUGUGUCCACCCAGCUGGUGGGGGGAUGUGUCCACCCAGCUGGUGGGAGAUGUGUCCACCCAGCUGGUGGGGGAUGUGUCCACCCAGCUGGUGGGGGGAUGUGUCCACCCAGCUGGUGGGAGAUGUGUCCACCCAGCUGGUGGGGGAUGUGUCCACCCAGCUGGUGGGGGAUGUGUCCACCCAGCUGGUGGGAGAUGUGUCCACCCAGCUGGUGGGAGAUAUGUCCACCCAGCUGGUGGGGGAUGUGUCCACCCAGCUGGUGGGGGAUGUGUCCACCCAGCUGGUGGGAGAUGUGUCCACCCAGCCGGUGGGAGAUGUGUCCACCCAGCUGGUGGGGGAUGUGUCCACCCAGCUGGUGGGGGGAUGUGUCCACCCAGCUGGUGGGAGAUGUGUCCACCCAGCUGGUGGGAGAUGUGUCCACCCAGCUGGUGGGGGGACGUGUCCACCCAGCUGGUGGGAGAUGUGUCCACCCAGCUGGUGGGGGGACGUGUCCACGCAGCUGGUGGGGGGAUGUGUUCACCCAGCUGGUGGGGGGAUGUGUCCACCCAGCUGGUGGGAGAUGUGUCCACCCAGCUGGUGGGGGGAUGUGUCCACCCAGCUGGUGGGGGGAUGUGUCCACCCAGCUGGUGGGGGAUGUGUCCACCCAGCUGGUGGGGGAUGUGUCCACCCAGCUGGUGGGGGAUGUGUCCACCCAGCUGGUGGGGGAUGUAUCCGCCCAGCUGGUGGGGGAUGUGUCCACCCAGCUGGUGGGGGAUGUAUCCGCCCAGCUGGUGGGGGGAUGUGUAGUGCUGACAUCUACUAUAUAUUUAUAUCUUCCAUCUGGCUAUAG